AACAGUGGAGCACCUCUUUGUGUCGCCUUUCCACCUCUGUGUAGCAAGAAUAACAACUUCAGCACUUCUUCAAUAAUAAUUAUGAAACUGGUAUUAACUGAAUGGCAAUUAUGGAUUUUUAACUCUAACUCACAGUAAACCUGCAAGCCAUAUGUUGAAAUUCCUGCCAAAUAGCUUUUCGUUCUUGAUGUCUCAUAUCUGUACAAGAAGUUGCAAGAUACCUGUUUGUAUAAGAGGAAUAUAAAAGCAUUACUUGCCUGAGGAACACAAGCUGAAAGAGAAGACACCCUAACUUGUUUGUGGAGUUAUGGUAGCAUUAUUUAUAGAGAUAUAAGAAAUAUAUAUAUAUAUUUUUAUGGUAAUGAAAAUGGCUCCCCAGAAUGCUGACUCGGAAUCUAUGCAAGUUCAAGAUCUACCUGUGGCACAGCUUCAGAAACCAGAAAACAAGGAGAAUGAAAGUAGGGAGGAAACCAUUAGUGAAGGUUCCAUAGAUCGGAUACCAAUACGCCUGUGGGUGAUGCAUGGUGCAGUAAUGUUUGGCAGGGAAUUUUGUUAUGCCAUGGAGACAGCUUUGGUAACACCUGUGUUGUUACAAAUUGGUCUUCCUGAACAAUACUACAGCCUCACUUGGUUCCUCAGCCCUAUCCUGGGCUUGAUCUUUACUCCGCUGAUAGGAUCGGCCAGUGACCGCUGCACGCUGAGCUGGGGCCGCCGGCGGCCUUUCAUCCUUGCUCUCUGCAUUGGUGUCCUCUUUGGAGUUGCACUUUUCCUUAAUGGCUCUGUUAUAGGCCUGGCUAUUGGAGAUGUCCCGGACAAGCAGCCCAUUGGGAUUGUUCUCACAGUGCUUGGUGUUGUGGUGUUGGAUUUCUGUGCUGAUGCUACAGAAGGGCCAAUUCGGGCCUACUUGUUGGAUGUGGUGGACAGUGAAGAACAAGACAUGGCCCUUAACAUCCAUGCGUUUUCAGCAGGUCUCGGAGGAGCCAUCGGUUAUAUGUUGGGAGGGCUGGACUGGACACAGACCUUCCUGGGCAGUAUAUUUAAAUCUCAAGAGCAAGUCCUUUUCUUCUUUGCAGCCAUUAUUUUCUCUGUCUCCGUUGCUCUCCACCUUUUUAGCAUCGAAGAAGAGCAGUACAACCCUCAGCAGGACAGGAUUGAUGACGAAGGGGACACACUUUCCAGUGUCAAGUUCAGUGGUAGCCUCCCCCCUCUCCAUCGACUGAAUGUCAUUAGUGAGGAAGAGCCCUAUGGAGCCUCCAUGUUCCACGAUGAUGUUCAGUCAGAGAACGACCUCAAUAUGGAGUUCCCUGAGGUGAACAUUGUGAGAAGUAAGAGUGACUCAGUCCUGCACAUGCCCGACGCGACGCUGGAAAUUGAACCAGAGCUGCUUUUUCUGCAUGACAUCGAGCCCUCCAUUUUUCAGGAUGCUUCAUACCCAAACACUCCCCACAACACAAGCCAAGAGAUCAUGAAGUCCAAACUCAACCACCUGUCCGUUUUCCUCAGGGACAAUGAGAAAGAGGAGGAUAUGUUGCUCGAUAACCGCUUAAAUGAAGACACAGUCCCAAAUGUGAACGGCUCCCUGCCAAAAGAGUUCCUCAACGGACACACCAGGAUAGGCAUGAAGCAAUCUAACACUUCAAACUCCAUGAGGAGGAGGAGACACAUGUUCUACCGCCAACCAUCCUACACCUUCUCCUACUAUGGCAAAAUUGGCUCCCACCGUUACCGAUUCCGCCGGGCCAACGCCAUCGUCCUGAUCAAGUCCUCGCGCAGCAUGAACGACAUCUACGACAUGCAGAAGAGGCAGAGGCAGAGGUGCAGGCACAGGAACCAGAGUGGCACCACCAAUUCCAGUGGGGACACUGAGAGUGAGGAGGGGGAGACUGAAACCACCGUCAGACUCUUGUGGUUGUCAAUGCUGAAGAUGCCGAAGGAGCUGCUGAGAUUGUGCGUCUGUCACCUCUUGACUUGGUUCUCCAUCAUUGCUGAAGCUGUCUUCUACACGGAUUUCAUGGGCCAGGUCAUCUUUCGGGGGGAUCCAAAGGCCCCCUCGAACUCCACCGAGUUACAUGCCUACAAUGCUGGGGUUCAGAUGGGAUGCUGGGGACUGGUCAUUUAUGCUGCUACUGCUGCUGUUUGUUCAGCCUUGUUGCAGAAAUACUUGGACAACUAUGACCUUAGUAUAAAAGUGAUCUACAUCCUGGGCACGCUCGGGUUCUCCCUGGGCACUGCAGUGAUGGCCAUGUUCCCCAACGUGUAUGUCACCAUGAUCAUGAUCAGCACGAUGGGAAUAGUCUCUAUGAGUAUCUCCUACUGCCCCUAUGCACUUUUGGGACAAUACCAUGAUAUUAAACAGUACAUCCACCACAGCCCUGGGAACUCCAAGCGAGGGUUUGGCAUCGACUGUGCCAUCCUGUCCUGCCAGGUUUACAUCUCCCAGAUCCUCGUGGCCUCCGCGCUGGGCGGUGUGGUGGAUGCGGUUGGCACGGUCCGAGUCAUUCCCAUGGUGGCUUCGGUGGGAUCCUUCCUGGGUUUUUUGACAGCCUCCUUCUUGGUGAUUUACCCCGAAGUCAACGAAGAGCCUAAGGAAGAACAGAAAGGACUGGGUCCUCCAGAAACCACCGAGAGCAGCAGCACCAGCGCGGAGAAGCCGACAGUUCUGAAACUGUCGCGCAAAGGAACCGCUGCGUCGCUGCCGGAGAGCGAGUCCGCUGUGUGA